AUGCUCGACCCCCUACCACCUCCGCCUCCAUGGCUCGUCAAUUGGGUCAAACACUAUAGCGAGGCUCUAUACCUGCCCUCAUUGCCCUACCACAUCCAUGAAGUACUGGGCGCCUUCGUGCUAUACCAGACCACACAGUCCAUCAUCUCCCCUUUGCUCUCGAAUCUCCUCUUCCCGCACAUCUAUCCGAAGCUCAAUCGCCGAACACGUAUCAACUGGGACGUUCACGUGGUAUCAUUACUCCAGUCACUCCUCAUCAACACGGCAGCGUUGUGGGUCAUGUUCAACGACAAAGAGCGCAAAGACAUGAACAGCAGUGCGGUGGAAAGAAUAUACGGCUACACAGGGGCGUCGGGUCUCAUUCAGGCAAUGGCCACGGGCUACUUCCUCUGGGACCUGAUCGUGAGCGCCCGCUACCUCAAGAUCUUUGGGCCGGGCAUUCUCGCUCAUGCGGUUACUGCUCUGGCUGUGUUCUCCCUGGGAUUCCGACCGUUCUGCAACUACUACGGCCCAGUCUUCAUCCUGUAUGAACUCUCGACCCCGUUCCUCAAUAUCCACUGGUUCUGCGACAAGCUCAACAUGACAGGCGGCAAGCUCCAGUGGUACAACGGAAUGCUGCUCCUGUCCGUCUUCUUUGGCUGUCGCCUCGUCUGGGGAACCUACCAGUCGCUGCGUGUUUAUCAGGACGUCUGGCACACUAUGCAUCUGAACACUCAGCCUGGUCCUGUGCUCCGAGAGAUUCGAGAAUCGCCACAUUCCUCAAUCUACAUUCCCAGGGACGGCCAACUUUGCCUGGGCGACGCAAGCUGUAUCUCGGCUCAAUCUGAAGUCAUGAAAUUCACUGGUUCACAGACGCUUGCGGUCCCAUUCUGGUUGGCUCUGGUGUAUCUGACCUGUAACUUGGUGCUAAACACGUUGAACUGGUACUGGUUUGGCAAAAUGAUUGAGACAGUCCGCAAGAGGUUCGAGGGGAAACCCCACGACGAACGUCCUCGCGAGCGGCAACGAAAGCAAAGCAUGGUGGAGCUGGCGGCAAGUGAGCUCGACUAUGACACGCUUUCAGGACCGAAGACCCCGUACAACGAGAAGGAAGAUGAAUUUGCAAAGGCUCCUGCUCCCUCCAAUGACAAUGAGUUCGCUAAGGGCACCGAGUUUGCGACAAGCACUGCGGUUCCAGACGGGAACCACGAGGUCAAGAAGCGAUAG